AUGGCAGGAAAGAUCGAUGUCAACAAUAAGAUCUAUAAGCUAGCCGCCAUGCCCUUUAUUUUGGAACGCAAAGGCGACUACGAUGAAGCCAUUAAAGUCUACAAGAGCGCCAUUAGUAUUUUAGAUGAAGCAACCAAGGUAUACAAGAAAGGCAAUGUCCUCAAAAUCAACAGAAAAAUGUUCGAGAGACAGGUCCAAGUUCAUCGAGAACGCUUGGCCUAUCUCGACGAUCUAAAGCGCAAAGGCAGCUUCGAUGAUAUAAUCUUGCCUCCGACGAUCCUAGAUGCGAUGGAGGAAAUGGAGAUCGAGGACGGGAAGACUUGGUCGUUAACCCAGAUCCGGAGAGAUCUGAAUACUUUCCACGGAGAUGAUCCCAGUAAAUCUACAAAGGAUAUCAGCACAGCUCCAGCCCAUAUCCGCCCAUUCCUCAAUACCGACACCGCGCAACGCCCCUUCUUCUCGCUGACCCUUUCUCCGUCGGCACCUACGAUCACUUAUCGGAUCACGCAUUCCUCGGAGCUUGUCAAUCUGGGUAUGCGCUCAUAUUGGUUUUUCGUCAAAGACUCGACAAACACACACAUCUUAUACGCCCUUCAAUUCGUCUGGAGCAACGAAGCACCCAUCGUCGAGACCGUCCUCCGACGCGCCGGUGAAUUCUUACCCCAAAUCGGAGCGACGAGUGUGAAAUUACAGAAGAUGAAAGGAGGUACUUUCCGGAUGAUUACACGGACAAUCCCUGAUAUGGGCGCAAUAACUGAGGUUCCGGAUGGAGAGGCCCAGAGAAAGGAUUGGUCGCCGCGACGAUUUGAGUACGGGGGGGGCGCAAUUUCGUUUGGAAGACUGCUGCAGCAGAGGCGUGUGUGGGCUAAGAGUGGAAGCAGGACUGGGAAGAUGGAAGAUGAAAUUGUUGGCCCCAGGCUGUGUUGGGGAGAGAAGAAGGGGGGUAAUGGUGCUGAUCACAGCAUUCACAUGGUCGGUGGCCUGGACUAUUAUUUCAGAGAGCAUUUGCUCGCGGUUCAAUUAUCAAGGUUGGCUCGCGUCAGCUAUCCUCCACAAAAGGAUACCAAAGGCAUCGAAGCAGCAUCAGCAGGUUUGGGUUGGCUUUCCCUUGCUUCAUCUUUGGCGUGA